AUGAAAAGUUUUCGACUUAUUUUCGCAUCUGUUCAGGCUGCAUGCAUCUUCACAACACGAUCGCAAGCUGUUCCAACCCAGAUCAAAGAUGGAAAGGCGCUCCCGCCGUCCUUGGUCAACACCACCAGCGGGCAGUACAUAGGACAUCCAAGCAAUAGUCACCCAGACGUGUUGGAGUUCCUCGGCAUUCGCUACGCACAAGCCCCAACAAACGACUUGAGAUUCGCUCCACCUGUUCCCUUCGUUUCUAGCCAUGUCUUCAAUGCCUCGACACAGCCCCCCGAUUGUCCGUAUGUGGUUCAUAACUGGGGCACCGUUCCUGGCGAGUUAUACUCCCACGCCGGGCGAAUCAUGAGUGAAGAGUCCGCCGACGCAUACAACAUUAUGAGCGAAGACUGUCUAUUCCUCAACCUCUGGGCCAAGACGUCAGGAGGCUCCAAGAAGCCGGUGUUGGUGUUCGUCUACGGGGGCGGGUUUGAACGCGGCUCCGUGAACAACCCAACUUACAACGGCGUGUAUUUCGCCGAGCAGGAAGACGUUAUUGUGGUUUCGUUCAACUACCGCGUGAACAUUUUUGGCUUCAGUGGUGCACCCGGAGCAAGCACCAAUUUGGCCUUGCGUGACAGCAGACUGGCGCUGGAAUGGGUCCGAGACAAUAUCGAGGCAUUCGGGGGAGACCCCGAGCGCAUCACCAUGUUCGGUCAGUCGCAAGGAGCGUGGAUCAUUUCUUGGUACGCCUACGCUUUCCCGACCGACCCGAUCGCAAACGCCUUCAUCCAAGAGUCUGGAUCGGCGUUUGCGGAUCUCAGUUCUACAGAAGAGGAACGUGCAGCCACUUGGAGGAAUGCUUCGAGUUCUAUCGGCUGUGGUCAGGCGUCAGACUCAGUGCUGCUCGAAUGUAUGAGAAACCAGAGCGUGUCCGCCGUCCUGGGAGCUAUGCUUUCCAUUCCCCAGCAAGGCGUGGCUCCGACAUUUGGGCCCCUGAUUGACGAAGAGCUUGUCUUCUCUAAUUACACGGAGAGGACGCUCUCAGGCGCAUUUGCGCAAAAGCCUUUUCUGAUGGGCAGCAAUAACAACGAAGCUGGGUUCUACGUCAUGAGGUACGCGGGCAACGACCAGGUCACUCUGAGCGUGACCCAACAAGAAACCAUCAGCUACGGGGAGUUCGUCUGCCCCAUUGCCGCAGACGCGGCGGCGAAACGAGCCACUCCCUCCGAGUUGGUGCCCGUGUGGCGGUACGAGUAUUUCGGCGACUGGCCCAACCUGCGUCUGUACCCUGGCAGCGCGGCUUACCACACCAGCGAGGUCUCAAUGGUAUUUGGCACGUCAGCCGAUCUGACAGGAGAGCCGAAUACACCACUGCAAGAUGUCGUGUCUCGAUACAUGAGGCACGCGUGGGCGACUUUUGCCAGAGACCCAAUGAAUGGCCUACGUGAGCAGCUGGGCUGGCCGUUGUAUAACAAUUCAGGUAGUACACUCGUUCGGCUUGGUUAUGGAAAUGAGACGAAGGCGUCAUUUGUGAACCCGGCGGAAUAUGACGCGCCGUGCUCUGCCUUGUUAUGA